GGAAGCGCCACAACCAGCAACAGUAUCGAGGUCCCCGCGGCCAGGGCCGCCGCUGUUUUGGCCCCCAAUGUACCUAUCCUGACAUCAGGGACGUUGUCGGUAGAUGCCAUGUGUGCUUGUUGUGCCUGUGCUAGCAGGUGCUAGCACGGGUAGGGAGGCAACGUGAUGCACCAUACGCACACCAAGAGACUAAAAUAGGAAGCACUCGCCUUGUCUCUCUUUGCCUCGACUCCUUCUUUGCCGCUUGAUUUGAUCUCCUUCUCUUUCUCCACGCCAUCCUCGACAACCCCAGGUCUCAUUCGUUUUGAAACAGCGACCAGGUUUUCCGACCUUUACAUUCCUUUUGACCUGUCUAGCCCCUUUGGUCACUCUCUCGUCACUCAUUGUCAUUUCGCUACUGUCUAUAGAUAUUGGGCAUAUCAUAUUUGUAUCAUACUACACACUCUUUCACUCCCCUGUGCGAGUAUGCCGAGCAUUCGCCGGUAACAAAAGAAGUCGGAUACUUGUUACGGAACUUCUAUUUUUUUCGGCAGCGCCGUUUAUCCUUUCUCAACCGCUAUUGGCUGGGACUGCCGUAUACACUACACAAAGAAAAAUAAAGGGACGGAAAAGUUCAAGGCAGAAAAGAGAAAGAAAAGAAAGAAAAAGAUAACCAUGGCUAGUUCGGUAUCAACCCCGGGCUCAGGAAAAGGCGGUCUUCCUGCCCACUAUUUCGACAGAGCAGGGAGUCUGCAGCGCAUGUUGGAGCUGGAGACGCAAUUCAAGCUGGCUAGACUUGGCAUUGGAAGAGCAGAGAGCACUCCGGACUUGAGAAUUCAAAAUCAAGACCUCACUUCUGAGUCGGAUCUGAGAACACUUCAAGAUCGCCGCCGUGACCUGGGACCAACACCCCAAGAGGGAGCGGCAAACGAUGCAAUGCUCAACUCUGUUCGCCGCCGAAGCGUCACAGGCCCGCCACUUUCCAUUGACAUCGUCCCAUCUGCCCGGGCCAAUAGCAAAAACCGCUCCAAGACAGUGAGCUUUGCAGCCCCGGAUGAAGACGAUGAUUCUGACCGUUCUUCUAUAUGCCAAUCACCGGGAUGGGGUGAUCUUGGGUUCAGCAAAAAGAAGAAGAAGAAGGAAAAGGAAAAGUCACCUACCACACCGAAAUCUGCCGAAGAUAAGAAAACUAAGAGGAGGUCGAGGCUCUCCAAGCUUGCACCACGCCGUUCAGCUGCGCAGCCCACAUCUCCAGUUCCUCCUCUGCCCCCGGUGCCCAAACCACCAAGCUCUGUUGCAGGAGAUAGCCAGAUACAACCUACGAAACCUGCCAUCACCCAGCCGUCCGGUAUCUUGAAGACGACCGAAAUGCUGAUCAAGUCGACACCAAUAAGCAACGUCUUCAAUGAAAACUACACUACGUCGACGAAGUCGAGCACGAUGGCCGUAUCAGCGCAGCAACAGCCACAGCCACAGCCGCCGGUGCCGGUCGCCCACGUACCGUUUGACCAAGACCGGGGCUUCGUUGGAGGUAUCAGACUCGAGAGGGAAACAGAAGCAGCCUCCCAGGUCUUAUCCCACUCGCGAAUUCGCUCUAGAAGUGGCUCGCUGUCGCUUUUCCCCAACGCUCGCCCGGUUAUCAACCCACAGCAACGUGUGCCAAUGCAGAGAUCACAGUCCUCGGGCCCGGGCAUAGAUGGUCACCAACACAGCGCCAACCCAGUGGCAAAGAUUCCCAGAAGCGUCACUCUGACAGACGUCCUCAGUACGAGAAACCAUAGAGACACCACGGAGAAGCAAACACCUAGUCACGUCAUGUCCCCAACCCAGGUCGGGUACCCUUCGAGCCAAUCCCUCCUCUAUUCUACAGCCUCGAGGACUGCCGAUUUUUUCCAGGCACGCCAGGAAAAGAACGAGCGUGAGUUGGCGAUGCGGGAGUCCUCGGGCACAGCACAAGUUGGCAAUGCCAGUGUUGUCGCAGUGGGGGCCCAUCAUGACGUCCAAAACUUUGAGUUUCCAAAAUCAGCGCAUAACACAGGCGAUUUUAAGCAGCAGCUUCGGAAACAACCACCAUUGUAUGCCAUGCCCAACAAUACAUUUUCGCCGCUUCAGGGGGACCUUCAGUGGCAGCAGCAGUCACCAAUCUCGGGGCCGGUUGGCUCUAUUUCAUCAUUUGCAAGCAACAUGGAUCAGCGCUCCAUGUAUGCCCAAUCAGUCGGCCAAGAUGCUCAACGAGACGCCAGUGUUGGGAAUAAAGGGCUUUCGCCUCCUCCACGCCAAGCAUAUGCGCAGUCAUAUCAUAGUGGCUCCUCAUCCGCUGGCGAGGACCAGUCACCACCUAAUGUCAAGACGGUGUAUUUAAGCAACAGAGGGACCUCGCAGUCGCCCCCUCACAGCGGAACAGCGCGAUCAUUCAAGGAGAAGGCCAUGGCGAUGUUGAGAUCGCCAACAGCCGAAUCUGCUCCCGUCAUCACUGGUCCUUUCAACCCGCGCGGCACAGGCCUCUCUUUCCAUGAAGGAGGCCCUGAGCCGGAAAUCUCUACAUCUGUGGAGCAGCUUGUCGCUGCGCCCUCACGAAGGGCUGGUCAGGCUUCGGGUAGCUCAUCAACCUCGUCUUUUGACGACUCGUACAUGACGUCGCUAAACACUACUCCAGACAGCUCAAGGCCCCAGUCGGCCAAGGAGAUGCCUGCAAUAGUCACCGAGAUGACAAACGUGCCAGGGCGUGGUAAGAUCGUGGCAAACGACAGUAGGACUCAUCGUCACUCUCAUCAGGCCUCUCUAGUUAUGAUGAAGCAGCCGUCUCUCAGAAGCCGGUUGAAGAGAUCAUCAAGCACCUACUCUCAGGUGGACUCACCGUUUCACCUGGAGGCCAGUGCCAAGUAUGAGUUUUCAAACGGCAAGCCUGUGCUCUCGACACCUGUACCAAGCCAAAAGGGCGAGUCCUUUGUUAUUGACUUUUCGGAGCUGGUGGCAACCGGAGAUAAAAUCGAGGGCACAGAGCCCACGCAGGCCUUGGUCAAGACAAACAGCCGAGACGAACAGCCAAACGGACGCGUGUGGCACAAUAUUGCCAACUCGGUCGAUUCGGUCGACUCUGAGCCCUCGGACCUAAGCAGGGCCACAUCCCAAGAGGAGUCGGAUGGGUCCUCCACCGCUGUCGACGUGUCUUUCCUGCCUCCCCUUAAACAUGAACCCUUCAUUCCUCCCAAGUCGAGGGCGAGGAAGAGCAGGAUGCUCAGGAGCACUGAGAGUACAGACGACGACGAGUCCACAGCACCAAGGAUUGCCAUAGCCGUGGAGCACCCGCAGCUGGCCACGGGAGCGGCCUACCUCAGAGAGGCUAGGAAAUCCGUCCUCAUGCCUCCAUCGCUCAUCUCGAUGCCCCAAUCAAAGCCACCCAAGAUCCCAGCAAGACUGGCGCUCGCGCCCCCGAUCUCAAUGGUCAUACCCAAGGCAGCAAAGACACCCAAGCCCAUUCUCGCAAACUCGUCGGCCAACAGACUCUCGGCCCAAACGAUCAUGAUACCACCUGCAAUCCCCGCCCCCGAAAAGGCAUCUGCCCCUGCGGGGGUAACGGUGUCGAGGCGGUCGCUGCUCCCACCGCCCUCGCCGUCCUCGACCGCCAACGCAGUGGUGAUCAAGAAGACGGCACCACCGCCUGAGCUGCUUGGGCAAAAGGUGGCCAAGAUGUUGGUCGAGUGCUGUAGCUGCCGUUUCCUGCACGACAUGCCCAGCCGCGUGUACGAGUGCAUGGUGAGCCCGGACGCGGUGGUUGAAGAUCACGCGAUGGGCAUCAGCGGCGCCAUCACGACCAUGGUCAAGUGCCCCUGGUGCGCCCACAACAUGAGCACCAGCUGCUGCGCUGGAUAUGCUGCCGUCAUCCAUCUGACUGAGAGGAUGCACUAG